AUGAAGAAGAUAACGACUUACAUUACAGGAGAUCAGACAACGCUGUCCCGGCAGGAUCCACUAGUUCUCACCCCCAAUUCCAGACUGUUCGUGAAAACUGCUCCCGUAUUUUGGAAAUACAAAAGUAUCCGCGACGACUACAACGACUACUUUUCCGUGGACGGAUCAAAAGUAGUGUUGGAGGGAGGAUAUUGGACGUUCAAACAGCUGAAGAAAAAGAUUGAGGAAAAUGGAUUAACCGUCAAGGAGUAUCCGUCCGGAAAGAUAAGGAUCGAUCGCGGCAGUGGAACGAAGACGGUGGAAUUUCGGAAUCUCACAGGAAUCUUAGGAUACCGCUCCUCCAAAGGUCCUACAUACACUCCUCACGACUGCGACCGUCCCGUGGACAUCCACGAAGGUCUGCGAUACAUUACGGUCGGCUGUAAUUUGGUUAACCGAGAACAUAACAUCGGACCGGGCGGAGAACGGAGCACCGUCAUUACCUCUCUUCCUAUCGAUGGAACCAAACCCCUUUUCGGAACGGUCACCAAGUACAUGGAUAUCGAAAGUCAAGUACGGGUGGAUGCUGGGAAAUAUAACGAAAUAUUACUAGAACAUGAUUUUUCCCUAUCAGGUCGCCCUACUUCAAUUCAUCGCGGACAACGUAAUUUAAAUAAUAUUAUUCAAAUUAACAUUAAUAAAACUGUUAUUUCCAAUGCUAAUGGCCAUUUCUACGUUCCGAAACUACUAUUGACAAAUACGAUGUCAUUAGCUCCCAAAAUUGAUGAAGUGAGUUGUUUUGUCACAGAAAAGAGUCCUGACCUUGCCUGUAUAACGGAAACAUGGCUAAACGACCGUAUCUCAGAUUCCUGCCUCGAUAUUCCAGGUUACAAUUUUGUUCAUAAAAACCGUAGUGUGGGCUCCCACGGAGGGGUUGGGGUGUACAUCAGGAACACGAUAUUUUAUAAGCCUCUGAAUCAUCUCCACCAUACAGAUUACGAAGUUCUGUGGGUCUUUUUUCGUCCAAGUAGACUUCCCCGCGGGUUUUCCUGCUUGAUACUUGGUGUCGUUUACCAUCCACCUAAUGCUAAUGAUGAUGAAAUGCUCCAAUUUCUCUCCACAUUACUGAUUACUAUUGAAAGCACCUAUCCUGGCUGUGGGUUUAUUCUUGCAGGCGACUUUAAUCGGUUAAAAUGCAAUCGGAUAUUAACACAGUUCAGUUGCAAACAGAUUGUUAACGUUUCCACAAGGGCCAACCAGACUUUGGAUCUAAUAAUAACCAACUUACAUUCGUUUUAUGAUAAGAACUCUGUCGAAAAAUUUCCGCCAUUUGGUCUUUCAGAUCAUAAUGUUGUGAUUGUCAAUCCUUGCAAAAGAGAACCCAAGUCAUGCAGUAGAAGAAUUAUCUCUAGUAGAGAUUUACGAUCUAGUAAAAGGCAUGAGCUUGGAAGAUACCUUACAUCUAUCGAUUGGUCCUCUCUGAAUCAUUUUGACACAUGCGAAAUGAAACUCCAGUAUUUCGAAGAGUUAGUACGUCUCGGUAUUAGCACCAUUAUGCCAAUAAAGAAAACGGCUUUGCAUGUACACGAUCCUCCAUGGAUUACUGCAGAAUUUAAAGAGCUUAUAAGGAAGCGUCAAGCUGCCUUCUGCAGUGGAAAUACCUUUCAGUUCAAGUAUUACCGGAAUCGGGUUAACCGCGAGCGAAAGACAUGCCGGGCGAAAUUCUACUCUUCAAAAGUAAAGAAUCUUAAAUCGACCAAACCGAAGAGAUGGUGGAAGGAGGUGAAGCAGAUUGCUGGUAUGGUACCUACGUGUACAACCGGCUCCGAUGACCUAUGUAGUCAACUUCAUUUAGACGAUAUCGAGAAUAUGCAACGUCCUGACAUUGCGAAUUUAAUUAAUAACGCCUUUUUGGAGCCCAUGAACUCCUUCAAUCCACUGUCAACCCUUCCCCCCUUUGAUAAUUAUUCCUCUUUUCAAGUGAACGAAUUGGAAGUCUUUCAUUUAUUGAAAGCAAUUAAUCGUGGAAAGGCGUCAGGUCCUGACGAAAUUCCCAAUUGGGCUCUUAAGGAAUAUGCUGAAAUCCUUGCACAGCCAGUAUGCGCUGUGCUAAACAGCAGCUAUGCCGAACAACAACUACCUAAAUCUUGGAAGCUUGCCAACAUUGUGCCCCUCAUAAAAACUAAGCCCGUUAGCGACAUUUGUAAGCAGUUACGACCAAUUUCACUUACUGCCGCUAUUUCGAAAAUCGCUGAGGACUGUGUUGUUAAAAAAUACAUUGCUCCAGCUAUCAUGAGUAUAAUCGAUCCAAGUCAAUAUGGAGCAAUACCAAGAAGUUCAACUACUCUCGCUGUUAUAUCUAUGAUCCAUGAAUGGUCGCAAGCUACUGAUGGCACUGGCUCUACUGUCAGAGUCAUCCUGUUCGAUUAUAGAAAAGCAUUCGACCUUAUCGAUCAUGCUUUACUGGCUGAUAAAAUUUCCAAUUUAGCUAUUCCACGUGCGGUUGCUCGCUGGACAAUCGAUUUUUUGAUGAAUCGAAAGCAGAGAGUGAAAUUAUCCAAUGACUGCUUUUCGGAGUGGGGUGAUGUACUUUCCGGUAUCCCUCAAGGUCCAAAAUUAGGGCCCUGGCUAUUUUGUUUAAUGAUAAACGAUCUUGAUAUUUGUGAUAUAUUGAGGUGGAAGUUUGUUGAUGACACAACAGUUGCUGAAGUAGUUAGUAAGGACACAGAGAGCCGUGUUCAAGUCUCAGUUGAUGUUGUGGAAGAUUGGUCGAAGGUAAAUGGGCUAUCUCUUAACGCUGAGAAAUGUAAAGAACUGAGAAUCGAUUUUAAAAAAAUUAAACAACCUUUUGAUCCUGUACUGGUGGGUGGAGAAGCAUUGCCUAUAGUUGAGAGUGCAAAAUUAUUGGGUCUUGUUAUGACAGGCACACUUCAGUGGAAAGAUAACAUCAGAGAGAGUAUAAAGAAAGCUAAUAAACGCCUCUAUUUUAUAGUAUUAUUGAAACGGCCAUUGCGAAUACACCUGUGGUACUGAAUUUCGCCAUUAUGCAGGGACUUAUCCUAAUUCCAUCGGAUUUUAGGAUCUUAACCGACCCAGUCCCAGGAUUCAGCAAUGUCCUAACGGUGGCUAGAAACGGAAUGACCUUUGGGAAGAAUGGGAAAGUUAAUUUCCUCAAGCCUAAACCCAAUACCAAUUCAUCAAAACCACAACGUACAACACUUAUACAACCAGACCUGUUAGCGUCGCCUCCACAAUCCGAUCUCCUCAAGCCGGGACCUAAAACAUCACGUAACACCAAUCCAACCGAACUGCAACACACAGAGUUAGGUCGCAGGUUGAGGUUCCUAGUGAAGCGCCCUCGCCACUUAGCUUAUACUGGCUUGCAAAAAGUUAAUUAA